AUGCCAAACACUACUCCCAAACCAAAUCGAAGCCCACAAAUAAAUGACAAUUUAACAAAUGAUAAAAUAAACUUGAUCCAAUGGAAUAUCCGAGGAACAAAAAGUCCUGACAAAAUUACAUAUGAGAUGUUUAAAAAAUUACCAGCUAAUUCGCUAGUCGCUUUAGAAAAUGCCUUCAAUAAUGUAUGGACAAACUCUUUAGUACCUGACAAAUGGCGCGAAGUGCUUGUUACACCGAUAAAGAAGCCUAAUAAACCUAAGAAUGAUCCCUCAAAAAAAAUAGAAAACAGAAUUCGUGGCAAUUGCUUUACUCUUGGCAAACUAUACAACAUUCUGUUGGGUCAUUGUAACUUGACGCACAACUAUUUAAUAACUAAAAGAGAGCUUCUUAUGUGGAACUUUGUAGCGACAAGCUGA